UCCUUUCUAUAGGUAACCUCUAGCAGAGAGUGGGUAAGGUAGCAUUGUGGGACAAAAAGGGGCCCGAGGUAUAAAAGGAGGUGUAAAGUGUGUGGGCAGCGGUGACGCACGCGCUCACAUCCGUCUGACCAUGGGAAAGAUUGUCUUCUACGAAGGCCGCAACUUCCAGGGCCGCCACUGGGAGUGCAGCAGCGACUGCACGGACACCUUCCGGCACUUCAGCUGCUGCAACUCGGUCCGGGUGAGCGGCGGUCACUGGGUGGCCUACGAGAAGGCCAACUACUCGGGCUACCAGUACAUCCUCAGCCCGGGAGAGUACCCCGACCACCGCACCUGGAUGGGCUUCAACAACUGCAUCCGCUCCUGCCAGAUGUUCCCCCCCUACCGAGGAUCCUACAAGAUGAGGAUCUACAACCGGCCGGACAUGGCGGGACAAGCCAUGGAGUUCAUGGACGACUGCCCCGACCUCUACGACCGCUUCCGCUCCCACGACAUCUACUCUUGCAACAUCAUGGAGGGUUACUGGGUCUUCUACGAGCACCCCAACUACCAGGGACGCCAGUACUUCCUGCGGCCGGGCGAGUACAGGGCCUGCGGAGACUGGGGCUGCCACCACCCCAUGGUGGGCUCGCUCCGCAGGAUGAAGGCCCUCAAUUUUUUACAACUAAAUGUUAACUUGUUGUUGUUGUUCUUUUGUUGUGUUUGUGUCAAUGUAGCACCUAAAAUAUCUGACAAGUGGACAUAUCAACUUAAUAUCCAAACUCAAAUUAUAUUCUACGAGGACCGCAACUUCAAGGGCCGUCACUACGAGUGCAAAAGUGACAGCCCGGAAAUGCAGAACUACUUCAGCCGCUGCAACUCGAUACGCGUGGAGAACGGCUGCUGGGUGGCCUACGAGAAGCCCAACUACGGAGGCUACCAGUACAUGCUGCACAAGGGCGACUACCCCGACUACCAGCGCUGGGCCGGCUUCAACGACUGCAUCCGCUCCUGCCGUAUGGUUCCACCCUACAACGGCAGCUACAGGAUGAAGAUCUUCGAGCGCUCCGAUUUCGGCGGCCAGAACAUGGAGCUAAUAGAAGACUGCCCCGAUCUGAACGAGCGCUUCCACACCCACGACAUCUCCUCAGUCAACGUGAUGGAAGGGUACUGGAUGCUGCACGAGCACCCCAACUACAGGGGGCGCCAGUACUUCCUGCGCCCCGGCGAGUACCGCAGGCACAGCGAGUGGGGCAGCGCCAGUCCUACCAUCGGCUCUCUGAGGCGCGUCACCGAGGUCAAUUGAUUCCAAAUGUAUUUAUUUUUACCCUGACUGAGCGUUUGCACCCUUCUGUUCCUAAAGCCUGCCAUGUUUCACUGCAGUCUUUAUUGUAAUCUGUGUUUUGUAGUUCAGUAUUGUCGCCACCCAAACCAGUUGCCAGGACGACUCCGGGCAAAAAAGCCCUAAUGGAAUCACAACAAAUAAUAAAAAACUUCAUAAAAGUCAA